AUGGCAUGGAAGACCCUUAAGCAACAGGAGGAUGUUUUCUCCAGUCAUACCAUCACGGAGGCCAUCUGGAUCAUUACAUAUGAUACGGCCUCUGUUGUUCAUGGGUUGCUCAAGCAGCUCUACUUAGCUUCGAUGACGAAAAAUUCAGUGAACAUUGCAGAGUUGGCCUUCAUGGCCUCAGGCAACAUUGAAAUGUUUGUCGCAGGCACAGAGACUACGUCAAGCACUUUUGAGUGGGGUAUGGCAGAGAUCCUAAGAAAACCUGAUGCAUACAAGAAAAUAGUUAUGGAGUUGGACCAAGUGGUUGGGAAGGAUCAGUUUGUUGAAGAAAGUGACAUCUCCAAUCUACCCUACCUUCCAGCAGCAGUGAAAGAAGUUUUCUGGCUCCACCCUGCCAUCCCACUGCUCGUUCCUCGUAGCACGAAUGAGGCAUGUGAGGUUUCCGGUUACCAUAUUCGUAAGGGCUGCAUUGUGUUGGUGAAUGUUUGGGGGAUGGCUAGGGAUCCCAGUGUUUGGGAAGACCCUUAUGAGUUUAAACCCGAAAGGUUUCUUGGGUCAAACAUAGAUGUGAAAGGCCAUGAUUUUAACCUCAUUCCAUUUGGGAGUGGGAAUAGGUCUCGCAUCGGAUUGCCCCUUGGCCAUCACAUGGUGCACUUUUACUUAGCAGCCCUGAUUCAUGCUUUUGAAUGGGAAUUCCCUGAUGACAUUUUGGACAAUGUAGAAGAGAGAAUGGGGCUUACAAUUCAAAAAGGAAAGACUCUCGUUGGCCUUCCUAAACCUAGAUUGUCAGAUUCUGCUUACCUCCACUGA